AUGAUCAGUCAUCGAAUCUUCGUCAAAACUCUCACUGGAAAGACCAUCACUCUCGAGGUCGAAUCCUCAGACACCAUCGACAAUGUCAAGGCCAAAAUCCAAGACAAAGAAGGCAUUCCCCCAGAUCAACAACGAUUGAUCUUUGCCGGAAAGCAAUUGGAAGACGGUCGUACCUUGUCUGACUACAACAUCCAGAAGGAAUCAACGCUCCACUUGGUACUCCGUCUCCGUGGUGGUAUGCAGAUCUUUGUGAAGACCCUGACCGGAAAGACCAUUACCUUGGAAGUUGAGUCAUCCGACACCAUCGACAACGUCAAGGCCAAAAUCCAGGACAAGGAAGGCAUUCCCCCAGAUCAACAACGAUUGAUCUUUGCUGGAAAGCAAUUGGAAGAUGGCCGUACUCUCUCCGACUACAAUAUCCAAAAGGAGUCUACUCUCCAUUUGGUGUUACGAUUGCGUGGUGGUAUGCAAAUUUUCGUCAAGACUCUCACUGGAAAAACCAUCACUUUGGAGGUAGAAUCAUCCGACACCAUUGACAACGUCAAGGCCAAAAUCCAGGACAAGGAAGGCAUUCCACCAGAUCAACAACGUUUGAUCUUCGCUGGAAAGCAACUGGAAGAUGGUCGUACUCUCUCUGAUUACAACAUUCAAAAGGAGUCCACUCUCCACUUGGUGUUGCGAUUACGUGGUGGUAUGCAAAUAUUUGUGAAGACUCUCACUGGAAAGACUAUUACCUUGGAAGUUGAAUCAUCAGACACCAUCGACAAUGUAAAAGCUAAAAUCCAAGAUAAGGAAGGCAUUCCCCCAGAUCAACAACGAUUGAUCUUCGCCGGAAAGCAGUUGGAAGAUGGCCGUACCUUGUCAGACUACAAUAUCCAGAAAGAAUCUACUCUCCACUUGGUGUUACGAUUGCGUGGUGGUAUGCAAAUUUUCGUCAAGACUCUCACUGGAAAAACCAUCACUUUGGAGGUAGAAUCAUCCGACACCAUCGACAACGUCAAGGCCAAAAUCCAGGACAAGGAAGGCAUUCCACCAGAUCAACAACGUUUGAUCUUCGCUGGAAAGCAACUGGAAGAUGGCCGUACUCUCUCUGAUUACAACAUUCAAAAGGAGUCCACUCUCCACUUGGUGUUGCGAUUACGUGGUGGUAUGCAGAUCUUCGUCAAGACUCUCACUGGAAAAACCAUCACUUUGGAGGUAGAAUCAUCCGACACCAUCGACAACGUCAAGGCCAAAAUCCAGGACAAGGAAGGCAUUCCACCAGAUCAACAACGUUUGAUCUUCGCUGGAAAGCAACUGGAAGAUGGCCGUACUCUCUCUGAUUACAACAUCCAGAAGGAGUCCACUCUCCACCUGGUCUUGCGUUUACGUGGUGGUCAAUAA